GCCCUCGCAGGUGCAUGCUCCUGAGUGAAAGCCGCUGUUGCUGGCUCCCCGUAGUCACGACUGGCCAACCCCCUCCCGGAGCAGCCCGGCCCGGAGUGUGGGCCCAGCCGGCGGCCCUGCUGAUGGGGUGAUUGCUCUGACCAGCAGGGCUGGAAAAUGGUACCCGUGGACCCCGAGCUGGAGGAGGAGCCCGCACCCGCAGCCCAGACAUGGAGGAGCCCACGCCCGAGCCUGUCUACGUGGACGUGGACAAAGGGCUGACCCUGGCCUGCUUCGUCUUUCUCUGCCUGUUCCUCGUGGUCAUGAUCAUUCGCUGCGCCAAGGUCAUCAUGGACCCGUACAGCGCCAUCCCCACGUCUACCUGGGAGGAGCAGCACCUGGACGACUGAGGCCGAGCGGGGGACGGGGUCGCCGUGUCCCCUGGCCACCCGCCUGCGAGCCCGCGGAGCCGGAGCCGCGCCUGCUCCCCCUGGGGCCCCAGAGGGAGUGUGCGGGGUGCCCUGGGGGCUCGGGGUGGGCCGUCCUGCACAUGACGACGGCACGGGCCCCAGAGGCCCGCAGAGGCCCGUCUGGCGCGGGGACUCGCUGUGGGAUGACGAGGUGGCCCCUGUCUCCGGUUCCUGUGCGCCUGCUGGGACUGGAUGCGGGGCAGACACGCGGCGACACACGACGGCGCCCUCGCUGUGGGGACGCCGUCUGCCCUGAACAUGCGAAGCAGCCCACGCAC